UCUUUUCUCUCUUCGGGGUCAGAAGACAGCUUGUCGUUGACUUUAGGAUGUUGUGAGAGGAGCCAUGUGGAGGCUGUCCUAGUGCCGGGACCAUGGACAGGCGUGGUAGUGUGGCGGAGCCGCAGAGCGGACUCCCCUCGCCGAGUCCACGAGACCCUCUGCUCAGCCCCGACUCGCACAUGGACGUCCAGGGCUAUAAGUGGGUGCGCUGGCGGGUCUGGUUGUGCCGUCUGGCUGCAGUGCUGUCCCUGGGCCUCCUCCUGGUCGUCUUCCACUGGCGUCCGCGGCUCGCCGUCCUCGCCCGCUGCUGCUGCUGCCCGCUGGCUUUGGCCGAUGUUCUGCUGCUGAGGGACGCUUUUGGCCAGCAGCAUGUGGUGGAGGUCGCCACAGAGGAGGUGGAGGAGGGCAGUUUGGAGCUCGUGGGACAGCUGGAGGAUGCUGAAUGGAGAGAUACGGCUCAGCUGUACAAGGAGGAGAAAACACUGCUGCGCUACUACCUGUUUGAGGGGCUGCGCUACGUCUGGCUGGACAGGAAGGGAGCCUUCUGUCGUGUUAGUGUCCUCAAUGAGGACUGGACCUGCAAAGACCUGUAUGGCUUCCAAAAGGGCCUCAGUCCCCUGGAGCAGAGCUUAAGGAGACGCAUGUACGGGGCCAACAUCAUCGACGUGCCUGUGAAGCCUUACGUCAGGCUGCUGUUUGAGGAGGUCCUCAACCCAUUCUAUGUGUUCCAAGUCUUCAGCAUCAUCCUGUGGACGAUCGAUAACUAUUACUUUUAUGCCUUAUGUAUAUUUGUUAUCUCUGUGAUCUCCAUCAGUAUCUCACUGUACGAGACCCGCAAGCAAAGCGUCACCCUCCGCAACAUGGCCCAGCUGGUCACCAACGUCACAAUACGCAGAAACUCAGGAGAGGAGCAGCUUGUGAGCUCGGUGGACCUGGUCCCUGGCGACUGCCUGAUCAUCCCUCAGGAGGGUCUGCUGCUGCCCUGUGACGCUGCCCUGCUGGCUGGGGAGUGUCUCGUCAACGAGAGCAUGCUUACAGGUGAAAGUGUCCCCGUGCUGAAAACCCCGCUGCCGGCUGGUGAGGGCAGGUACAGCUCAGACACGGAGCGCAGACACACCCUGUUCUGUGGUACCCAGCUCAUUCAGGCCAAAGGCGGGACGCUGGGAGGUGGCGGGGCUGUUGCCGUGGUCACCAGCACUGGGUUUUUCACAGCCAAAGGGAACCUGAUCAGCUCCAUUUUGUACCCUCAGCCAAUCAACUUCCGCUUUUAUCAAGAUGCUGUCAAGUUUCUGCUCAUCCUGGCUUUUGUCGCUCUCAUUGGCACCGUUUACAUCUUUGUGAUCCUGAUCAGAACCGAGGUGACCUGGCUGGAGCUGAUUAUUCGAAGCCUGGACAUCGUGACUGUUGCGGUGCCUCCUGCGCUGCCUGCUGCCAUCACCACUGGCACCAUCUACGCCCAGCGUCGGCUGAAGAGUCGGGGCAUCUUCUGCAUCAGUCCACCUCGCAUCAACAUCUGUGGCAAGGUGUCACUCUUCUGCUUUGACAAAACAGGAACACUGACUGAGGAGGGUCUGGAUGUGUGGGGAGUCAUGGAGGGGGGAACUGCUGGUUUCUCAGAGCUGGUUCCAGAGCCCACGCUGCUGCUGCCGGGGCCCAUGCUCUCUGGCCUGGCCUGCUGUCACACCGUCACGCUGCUGCGAGGGCAGCCCCUCGGAGACCCUCUGGAGCUCAAGAUGGUCGAGUCCACUGGUUGGAGCCUCCAGGAGCCGGAGGGAGACGGGAACGUGCUGGAUGCAGAGUUUGGAGGCCACAAAGUCUUGGCUGUUAUGAGACCUCCUGCUGAAGGAAUUUCCACAAGCGAGGCGGUGGCCAUCGUGCAGAGGUUUCCCUUCUCGUCGGCCCUGCAGAGGAUGAGCGUGGUGACGGUGGCCCAGGGGGGACGCUCGGCUCUGGCGUUCAUCAAAGGAUCCCCGGAGAUGGUGGCGAGCCUCUGUCGAGCUGAAACAGUGCCGGCACAGUUCUCCAGCAAACUGCGCUCCUUCUCCAGCGAAGGCCUCAGGGUUCUUGCACUGGCCUACAAACCCGUAGACGUGAACUCUGACUUGAAGACCAUCAAACGAGAGGAGGUGGAGAGAGACAUGCAGUUCCUCGGCUUGCUGAUGAUGAAGAACCUGGUGAAGCCCGAGAGCGCCAAAGUUAUCAACGUCCUGAGACUGGCACACAUUCGCACCGUCAUGGUCACUGGGGACAACAUUUUAACAGCAGUUAAUGUGGCAAAGAGCUGCGGGAUGCUGGGAUCGGAUGAGAAGGUGAUAUUCGUCAUUGCAACCGGCCACACUGCCCAAUCUGUGCCCUCGCUGCGGUUCAGCCUGGAAGAUGGAGGCACCGCCGCUACCCAGAGCUCCAUAGAGGUCCUCACUCAGGGUCUGUACCAGGGCGGCUUCGGCUAUCACCUGGCUAUCAAUGGAAAGUCCUUUGCUGCCCUCUGUGAAUAUUUUCCUGAGUAUCUUCCAAAGGUUUUAAUGCGAGCCACGAUAUUUGCACGAAUGGCCCCCGACCAGAAAACCCAGCUGGUGAAGGAGCUGCAGAAACUGAACUACCGAGUGGGCAUGUGUGGAGACGGGGCCAAUGACUGCGGCGCCCUGAGAGCUGCUGAUGUCGGGGUUUCCCUCUCUGAAGCCGAGGCCUCGGUGGCCUCGCCGUUCACUUCCAAGACCGAAAACAUCAGCUGUGUGCCGUUGCUCAUCAGAGAGGGCCGAUGUUCUCUGGUCACAUCCGUCAGCCUCUUCAGAUACAUGGCCAUGUACAGCCUCAUCCAGUUCUGCUCCGUCCUCAUCCUCUCCACGGUGAAGACCAGCGUGGCCGAUCUGCAGUUCCUGUACUCUGACUUGUUUCUGGUGACGCUGCUGGCCAUCGUGAUGGGAAAAGGGGACCCCAGUGAGGAGCUGCACCCCUGCAGACCCCCAGCCAGCCUGCUGACCCUGCCCGUCCUGGGCAGCCUCUUCAUCCACACCUGCAUGACCGUCCUCGGCCAGCUGGCUGCACUCUUCAUCACCACCUCACAGGACUGGUACAUUCCACUGAAUUCAACAGUGUUUGGAACGGCCAAUCUGCCCAACAUGGAGAACACCAGCGUGUUUGACUUGUCGGGUUUCCAGUACAUCAUCAUGGCCGUGGUGGUCACCAAGGGCUACCCCCACAAGAAGCCUCUCUACCACAACCUGGUGUUCCUCGGUUUGCUCUUCGUCCACUUUGCCCUGAUGACGUGGCUGGUGCUGUAUCCGGGGCCUUUCUUUAGCCGACAGCUUCAACUGUACAACAUCACUGAUAUGGACUUUAAAAUGCUGCUCGUUGCUGUCGCCGCUCUCAAUUUCCUCGUUUGUUUUGUUGUGGAGGUGCUGAUAGACCUGGGUAUGCUGAACUGCCUUCGACUGCUGCGUGGAAGACGUCAGUCCAAGAAGCAGUACAAGCGUCUGAACGUCGUUCUGUCCGACUCCGCAUCAUGGCCGCCCCUCAAUCGAACUCUGUCCCCCACAUCUCACACAAUCGCCUGCUUGAGCUAGCAUUCAGCUAGCCCCGAUUUGGACGCUGUCGAUCGCCUGAGCCCAGCAGUGCUGUGGAUGUCCGAGGGAUGUUCUAUUUAAUGGGUUAGCGUGGUAUGUGGAGCUUAAAGUUUUCAGUGUCACGAAGGUGGCUCCAUUCGAAGCUGCUAACCCGCCAUGAUGCUGCCCUGGAGAAGGUCAGAGUUCAGGACUUUAAAUGGCUGUAAGAAGUGCCACCCUUUCAUCAUUUAUUCCCCACUGACUAUAUUCAGCCUGAGCGAAACACUUAGCCAAGGAAACACAGCAUAUCUGCAAACCUGUGGAGCCACACAUUAGUAAUGCCACUAAGCCAUGAUUUAGUUGAAGCAGUUCAGCUAAAGAAAGCCGGGCUGGGGAACAACGUGCUUCAUCCCUUGGAGUUAACUUGAAUGCAAAGUCAUGUUUACCUGAAGUGAUAAAAAAAUAUUUUUAUGUAAACAA